AUGCUAAGAAAACCUCUUAAGGGAGGCAUCCAGGAGAAAAAAGCAGUGACACUGAAGGAGGAACAGAGAGAGCAGAGCAGGACCAACGGGGAAGAAGAGGAGGAGCUUAGCGUAGCCCAUGUCACGAUUCGCUAUCACAGAGGCCCGGUCCUGGUAGGACAGCCAAUCAGAGUUUCUUUGAAUCUGAGGGCGAACUUCAGUGGUGAGCUUGUUAUCAUAAGGCUGAAGGUGAAGAAAGGCUUGGUGUCGAUGGUGGCCCAGAAAACUCUGACCACUGACUUGUGGGCAGUGACCCUGGAGAGAAGCCAAGGCUCCAAACACGACGUGGUGUCUAUCCUGUGCCGCAAACACAUCACACACAAGCACACACACAAUCCCACUUUACUACAACAGGUGGUGUGUCUGUCAGUCCACGGCCUGAGGCAGAGCUUCGGUGUUGCCAUGGCAGUGUCUGCUAACUGGUGGGUGGAGUACUCUGGGCAUAUACAACCCCUAUCGCCACAUGGAGCAGCAGUCAGCAUCUUCUCAUUUGCCGAUCCGCAUAUCUUUAGCAUCGCUCCCAUCACAGAGAGUAACAUGAUCAUCAACACAGCCAUACUGACCAACCAGCCAGUGUCACUUCCUGUCAUUGUGCUGGCCAUAAACCAUAAUGGGAAGGUGUCAGAUGUCACCUCUGCAGUCACGUGCCACUCUACCAACGAGAACACUGUCAAGGUGUCCAGCGAUUGCUCAACUCUCUUUGUGGACGGCAGCGAAUCAGGGGUGGGUAACACCUGUGCAGUGGUGGAGUUUCUACUGGGUGCACUUCGAGGCUCUGUGUGCGUGGAGGUGUGGGCUCCUUCAGUGCCUCUGCGAGUGUCCUUGGCAGACCCUGUUCUCAACGCCAUCGAUGGCUGGAGCCACUUCACAAAGACUGGGUGUGUACCAGUGUAUCAACGCUCCUCCAUUCAGGUUCUGACUCAGUUCAUAGCUCAGGAUUCUCAGAGCAGAACCACACACCUUCUGGGCUCAUGCGAUUGGUUCGUGGAUGUUACAGAGCUGGUCCGUAAUUGGAUGAGAGUAGAGGACCCUCGGGUGGCUUCCCUUGGCGCCCACAACAACCUGAUUGGUUUACAACCAGGAAAGACAUCACUGCAUGUCGUCUCUGAGCAGUGGGAUGGCGUGCUGGGCAGAUGUGACAUCACUGUGACCUCUGACCCUGUUACACCGUGGGACCUAUCUGUGCAAGUGAUCAGCGGCCUUGGCAUGUCAGUCACGGCCAACCCAACCAACCCUUCCAUAGUAACAACCACAGUAACUGCCUACAACAUCCUAUACAACCAUCACCAGGAGGCCUCCAUCAGUGUCUGGCUCCAGUUCAGUGACGACACCGCCUCCCUCCUCUCCUCCUUUAGCGACGUUCCCUUUUUCCUACGUCUUUCCUCAUUGGCUGAGACUGUAGCUGUUGUGAUGCCCGGUUCCAGCCCACGCAUAUUUGCCCAGGGAGAUGGAGGCGGACCUCUACUGCCUGCAUAACUUCUGGUUUCAACCUGCACUGACCAGCCAAUCACCUCCAACUCGAUCAGUGAAGGAACCAGGGACAGGGACUGGACGGACACCGGAGGAGGAGGCGGGGCCAGGAGGCUGGCGAGGGGAUCUGGUUGGAUAAGAGUCAACCUGGACUUGGGCUUCCUGCAGCCAGUAGGGGAAAAGAAUGAUGAGGGGGAUAAGUUUAAUCUCGACAUCUCGGGCACGCUGGCUGAAUCAGACAGCGACAUCUAUGCAUCGAACUUUGACGAGGACGAAAGUGAGAAUAUAAGCAUUGACUACUAUGAAAAAAUCAGUGGGAAUAGGCCUGAAAGACACUGGAACCAGCUGGGGUACGGUGAGAUGGUCAGUCGGAACAAUUUGGAAAGAGCUGUGCUGAUGCCCAGCCAGGAGGAGGGCGCUGUGCACUUCUCCCCUAGCCAGGAGAAGGACGGAAAGUGGGAGGAGGAAGUGGAAGGGCGAGGAGCGAGAGAGCUGGAGGUGGGUGUGGGUGUUGUCCUCUCUCUGCUCUGUCUCUCUGCUGUCCUCUUCCUGGUAAACUGUCUGCCCUGUGUCCUUCGAGACAGAAGAAGGACAACGAUGGAGAAGGAAACAGAAGAAGAACUAGAGGGAGGUACAAGGGCCGAAGAGGAAAGGGAGAAGAGAGAAGGUGACGACGAGAUAAAGCAGCAGCAGAAGGCGAACAAUACAGAGGACGAGGUCGAGAUCAUGUGCUGAUCCAUGCACAGGCCGAGCUGAAUUUAAGCUCAAAUCUGUGCUCAAAAGUAACAAGUGAAUUAUGGUUAUAAUUAUAUUCAAAUGGAAGCUGUCUGGAGGUUAGGAGUUAGAAAAUGAUAAACACUUUCAUUUGUUCUCUUUUUUCUGAGUUCGGACAUUUUACACACUUUUUAAACCCUUUGUAGCACAGCUAGGGGCCAGGUUCACCAGACAUCUUGACAUCAACAAGAAGCUCUCCGGUUAAGAGCUGAUACACUUUCAAACCUCUGAAUUUGUAACUAUUUCACAGCAGCAUCUCAGCUCCGGCACUCAGGGCCGUGAAAAGUUGUGGCUAUUAUGUAGAUAUCUGCUCUACAUGUCGUGUCUGGGUAGAAUUAAAAACCACAAACUGUCAUCUGUAGAAGCCACACCACCCACAAACUAUGGAGGGCUCCUCUUGAGGCACUAAAAACAGUUUCAUCACUCAAAUAAGAGUCGGUCAGGGUGGUCUCUCUCCGAGGUUGAGAAUAUGCCCCCUCAGGCAUUUAGAGAUGGAUAUGAUGGAGAGAAAACCAAACCAGCUGCUCGUAUCAAACUGAGUGCUCCCUAUAAUAAUCCUUGGGAAUAAUAAUAAUAAUCCAAUAUUAUAUCCAAAAUUCUGCAAAAAACAUAGAAUACAAAAAGUAAAUAAUUGAAAGGGUUAGUCCAGAAAGACUCCUUGUUCUGUACCUCGGUGAGAGGUGAGCCACCUGAAGGCCCUGAACCAGAUGUGUGAUGGAUCAUGGAGCGUUGUGCUGGCUAUCUGAAGGUUGCUUCUCCACGGUAACCAGAAAUAAAACCGUCUAUGAUGAAGUUGAAGAUCUCUAACAUGUUAUUACUCACCUCCAAUAAGUUCAGCUACCCCAGGAAAGGUCGACACUGCUGGUGCUUUGUCACGUUUUCAUCUCGUUCUUGUCAAACUGUUCCGAUGUACUUGUCCCUUUCCAACACCUCUGCUCGUCCAUAGCUGUAGACCCGAUUUCUCUGUUCCCAAAUGAAAAUAAAAAAAUAUAUAUAAAAGAACAAGA